GCCCAGGGGAUUGCCUGGCACCGGCUGCAAGGCCCCGCUCCAUUCACAGAAACGCUGGCUCGCUCGCUGGCCCUUUCAUUCACACAAACAGCAUCUCAUUCACAUUCUGUCGUUUUUUUGUCUGCUUCUAAUGAAGACCACGGUUUGGGAAUGGUGGGGCUGACUUGCUUCAGAUUGGAGGGGGACUCUAAUCACCAUCGAAAUCGUCCGUGGGGUGCGCAUCUGCUGUUGCUAUGCAAGCUAGGGGAAGGGAAAAAAGAGAGUGCGGGGUGGCUGCUGGGCUAGGGCUGCGGCGCCGUUGGAGAGCGGUGGGGAAGUGUUUGUUGCGCCAAGGGCCGGCCUGGCUGCUCUGCGCUCCUUCGUCCUCUGAAGCCUGCCUCACCCGCGCUCUCGCCAUGGGUGGCGCUCCCUAACCUCCGUUCCUGGGGCUCCCAGAAAGCCUGGGAACCUCGCAGCUACCUGAGAUCAGCUCUGGGCGUGAGAAGACUCAGGGUGACCUGCUAGUGUGCUGGAAGGCAAAAACAUUCGCUUGCACAGAAGUUACCGGGAAACUUUGACAGCGACUGACCUCCCUGUGGUGCAGGUUAUCAAUCUUAACGCGUGAGGCCACCUGGCAGAGGCCACCGAGGAAGGGGUCAGUGGGUCUCUGAAUCUUGGACAGACCUUUGGGGAGGCUGUUGAUGUCCUGUUCUCCUAAACGCCAGGAAGAAGGCCUGUGUGUGUCACUGCAAGCCUGAGCCUGACUCCCAAGGAUGAGGCCGUUCUUGCUGUGGGUUUGAUGGGCAGUUAGAGCAGCCACAUUUUUUUCUGCCUGACUGCAGGGCUGCAAAGCAGCAACUGAAGGGACAUUGAAAUGGAUUGGUGGUGUUCCUAAGGCAUGCUUCCAGGGCUUAAACACAUUCAGUUGGAAUAAAGCUCAAAACGCAGCCCUCUUUACCCUUUUUUCUUUUUUGGCAUGGAUUUCUGGAGCCUGUUGCCGCUCAUCAUAGAAACACUAUUCUUUUUUGCAAGUAGAUUUUCAACUUAACCCUGACUGAGAAAGGCUGCUGAUUGCUGUAAAUUAUCAGGGAAGACCCCUUGAGCUGUACUGAGAAGAAGUUCAUGUGCAGAUUUGGUUUUUUCGUGUGUUAUCUAAGGAAUUGCUUCGCCACAGACACUCGCCAGCAGACAUUCAUGGCUGCUCUGUUGAUCUGAACAAGAAAAGCAAACCACAGGAGAUUGACGCUUUUUAAAAAUAUUCAUCUGAUGGUGAAGGGUCCCCUCUUUUUCUUACUUAAAAUUCUUGCUCCUUUCCACAUCAGGAUCCCUGAGGAUUCGCCUGAAGACUUCUUAAGAAGGGUUCGUCACAUUUUCACAUCGUUGUCAGACACUUCUGGGGCUCACCCACAUGAGCUGAGCAAAGGAAGAACAAACCCUAACAUGGAAUAAUGGAUUUUGGAAAGUUCAAGAGAUCAUUUGAAGGAGCUAGAUUUACCUUUGGCACAAAUGCGGGAUGGGGAAGGGGUAGGUGAAAAAGCAAAGAUCGGAAGGAAAUAUCUGCGAAGGUAGAAAAAGGAAAUUUGAGAACUGAUUGGCUGUAGUUGCUGACAGCGGGUGGAUGUCGUUUUCUUCUCUCUCUUUUUGCUACAGGAAGUGGCUUGCGGAGCUCACCGAGCCUUUGUUGAGAAGGGUCUCCUCGGAGUGAGUCACGCUUUUGCUGGGAGCAGCCCCGUGCAGCUGGGUGCUCCAUCAGCGGCAACUAUGACUUUUGCAAGGCAAGCGUUCCACCCCAACCCGAGGUCUCCCGGGCCCGCGCUGCGUGUCGGCUGCUCUGCUGCCUUGUAACGGUGUGAGGGCUUGGUCGUCGGCCUCGGCUGUCCCUCUCCGGAAAGGUUGUCCUGGGACCCCAGCUCCUCGUCCCUCUCCGGGGCUCGCGGCUCGUGUGCUAUGCGGGGCAGCCCGCGCCGGGGCCGGCACCAGCAGCACCCGGGCGGAUGCGGCGAGCUCACGGAGGGGCAUGCUUCCACGCACCAAGUACAACCGCUUCAGGAAUGACUCGGUGACAUCGGUCGAUGACCUUCUCCACAGCCUGUCGGUGAGCGGCAGCGGCAGCGGCGGCAAGGUCUCGGCGGCGCCCGCGGCGACCCCGUACCUGGUGUCGGGCGAGGCGCUGCGCAAGGCGCCGGACGAUGGGCCCGGCAGCCUGGGCCACCUGCUCCACAAGGUGUCCCACCUGAAACUCUCCAGCUCCGGCCUCCGUGGCCUGUCGUCGGCCGCCCGGGAGCGGGCGGGCGCGCGGCUCUCGGGCAGCUGCAGCGCGCCCAGCCUGGCGGCCCCGGACGGUGGCAGCGCGACCCCCGGGUCCCGCGCCCAGGCCGCCAGCAUGAGUGCCCCCAGGAAGAGCCGGGCCGGCGACGAGCCGCUGCCCAGGCCCCCGCGGGGCGCACCUCACUCCAACGACCAGGUGCUGGGGCCGGGAGUCACCUAUGUGGUCAAGUACUUGGGGUGCAUUGAAGUUCUGCGCUCAAUGAGGUCUCUUGACUUCAGUACAAGAACUCAGAUUACCAGGGAAGCCAUCAGCCGUGUCUGCGAAGCUGUGCCAGGUGCCAAAGGAGCCUUCAAGAAGAGAAAGCCUCCAAGUAAAAUGCUGUCCAGCAUCCUGGGGAAGAGCAACCUCCAGUUCGCAGGGAUGAGCAUCUCCCUGACCAUCUCCACCGCCAGCCUGAAUCUGCGCACUCCCGACUCCAAACAGAUCAUAGCGAACCAUCACAUGCAGUCCAUCUCCUUUGCUUCCGGGGGAGACCCGGACACAACAGACUAUGUUGCCUAUGUUGCUAAGGACCCUGUUAAUCGCAGAGCUUGCCACAUUCUGGAAUGCUGUGAUGGGCUAGCCCAAGAUGUCAUUGGCUCCAUCGGACAAGCCUUUGAACUCCGGUUCAAACAGUAUUUGCAGUGUCCUUCCAAGAUUCCUGCUCUCCAGGACCGAAUGCAGAGUCUGGAUGAGCCAUGGACUGAAGAGGAGGGAGAUGGCUCUGAUCACCCAUACUACAACAGUGUUCCCAGUAAGAUGCCUCCUCCAGGGGGGUUUCUUGAUGCUCGACUGAAAGCCAGACCCCAAGCUCCUGAUGCAGCCCAGUUUGCAGGGAAAGAGCAAACUUAUUACCAGGGAAGACACUUAGGAGACACAUUUGGUGAUGACUGGCAGCGAGCACCCACCAGGCAAGGUUCCUUGGACAUCUAUAGCACACCGGAAGGGAAAGGGCACGUGGCUCUGGUGGGAGAGACACCAACCUACGUCAACACCCAGCCGGUCCCUCCCCAGGUUUGGCCCGCAGCAGGCAGCAGCUCCGAGAGCAGCCCACGGAAGGACCUUUUUGACAUGAAGCCUUUUGAAGAUGCUCUCAAGAACCAGCCCCUGGGGCCCGUGUUGAGCAAAGCAGCAUCUGUGGAGUGCAUCAGCCCUGUCUCACCCAGAGCCCCAGAUGCCAAGAUGCUGGAGGAGCUUGAUGCUGAGCCCUGGUACCAAGGAGAGAUGAGCAGGAAGGAGGCAGAGGCACUGUUGCAAGAAGAUGGAGACUUCUUAGUCCGAAAGAGUACUACCAACCCUGGCUCCUUUGUCCUCACAGGCAUGCACAAUGGCCAGGCCAAGCACUUGCUGUUGGUGGACCCAGAAGGCACGAUCCGGACGAAAGACAGGAUCUUUGAUAGCAUCAGCCACCUCAUCAACUACCAUCUUGAGAGCAGUCUGCCCAUCGUCUCUGCAGGGAGCGAGCUUUGCCUCCAGCAACCAGUGGAGAGGAAACACUGAGCUGGCCCAGCACCUGCCCCAUGCCCUGUGCCAGGUCAGGAGGACCUGGGUCCACUGCUCUCAGCCUCUGGGAACUGGGGCUGCUGUCUGUGGGCUCAUUGCCUUCCUCAAAAGCUCCUCCCAAGGGAGCUUUCCUUCAAGUUCAAAUUUCAUAAACGUGUUCUACACAUCUCAGAUGCAUAUUAGAGGUGUAUAUACCCACACAUCCUGUACAAAUGGGCCCUAUAUUUAUAUUUUUUAAGACUAAGAAAGAUGUGAGACUAAUGCCCUAUGCUCUAUGUUUUUAGUGAGAGGCAAAUUUGAUUUUAGUUGUUCAGGCAAAAAUUUUAAUUCAGCUGACCUACUGAGAAAUUUUGCUAGGAAGGUGUAAUCUGCAGUUCUAAAUAAUAAGCACAACACAAGGUGAAUGCAGGUGAGCUGGCAGCUCCAGGACAGACAGACUUGAGAUAGAAUAUGGCAGCAUGCUGCCCAAACAUCUGCCCCUGCCCUACAGCUCAUAUGAGUGCUGGUUCUGGGCUGUAGCGUUUGUUGUUCACAGAUGGAUGUGCCUCCUCUGGCUCUGGCUUCUGUAACCCCAGAGAGAUGGCAUGUCAAUGGGUUUUCUGUCACAUGAUGACCUACUGAAGCCCCACUCCAAAGCAGGUGGUACUCUGCCUCUUUUUGGGAUCAUGUUUUAGGUCAUGUUUGACCCAUGUUGUUUGGGUCAUGAGGACCCAUCACCUUUGACCCCAGUUGUGUGUGUGUAUGGAUUUGAGGCAUUCAUUCAAGGCCAAAUAUGGUACAAAAUAAGACUUAAGAUCUCCAGUUGACAAAGGCUUCCUUUGUUUUCAUCAGUAUAGUGAUGAAUGUCUGUGGAAGGCAGGCUAUGGAAAGUAUUCCUGGUCUGUAUAUCCUUCAAGCCAGUGUGUUCAUCACAGGCUGUGCAUGGAAGGUGUUGGUGAAAUGGCCUCCCACCUACCUCUUGUAUUCAGUAGACAAAAAGCACGUGUAAGAGCCUUACAAGGCAUGUACCAGCUUCUGCCCAGAAUUGAGCCUUGGAGACAAACCCACUGUCUGUUCCUCCCAUUUUAGUGUAUACUGGGCAUCAUGCUCCAAAGUCUUUGGAGCCCCUGAAGUGAGGAUGAUGGUAAGCCCCUCCCCCUCCCCUCCACAUCUUCUCAGCCCAACAAAAAGGGACCACAUCCAUGGUCCUCUGUCUUGACCCUCUUCCUAUCAGCUCAGAAGUUGUUGAUUCAUGGUGGGUGAUUUCAUGCUUGAAAAUUGGCUGAGUCUAUGACUUAAAAAUCAUUUGGGCUGUGAUCAUUCUGUGAUUUAACAAACACAGGCAGAUGAUGCAUUUGUUGGUUGGUACCUCCUCAUAAGACUGCAACCUGGCUCUGGUCCUCAUGAGACCCCAUGUGUGUGGCACCUCUGGUCAGUAAAAUAGGACUCUGAACAUUUUAGGGUUUGACGGUCAUAAAUUGGAUGUUUUAAGAGGAAUCGUGUGUGUGUGUGUGUGUGUGUGUGUGUGUGUGUGUGUGUGUGUGUAUG